GCUUCUUGCCAGUCGAACCUCUCAGCCAGAAAUCAGUCGUCAGCCAGUAGCCGAAGUGUCAGUUACACACAUCGAGAGUUCCCAAAGAAAUCGCGUUGCUCCGGCGAUCUAUCUGAUCUAUCACAUCCCGCAAUUUAAUCAUAGUGUUGAAAACCUGAAACAAAUCACAUACAGAGACUGAUCUGAAAGUGCUUGAAAAAUACACCCGAAAAUCAAAGUGAAAAAACGUGCAGCAACGAUCGCGAAUCGCUGCAAUUAAAAAGUCAUCGUAAAACCCAGUGCCCAGCCGAAAAAAAAGAAAAACACAAGAAGAUGAACCAGACAUGCAAAGUGUGCGGUGAGCCGGCGGCGGGCUUCCAUUUUGGCGCCUUCACCUGCGAGGGCUGCAAGUCCUUCUUUGGCCGAUCGUACAACAACAUCAGCACCAUCAGCGAGUGCAAGAACGAGGGCAAGUGCAUCAUCGACAAGAAGAACCGCACCACCUGCAAGGCGUGCCGCCUGAGGAAGUGCUACAACGUGGGCAUGUCGAAGGGUGGCUCCCGCUACGGUCGUCGCUCUAAUUGGUUCAAGAUCCACUGCCUCCUCCAGGAGCACGAGCAGGCUGCCGCGGCGGCGGGUGGCAAGGCUCCACCUUCGGUGGGUGGUGCCCCUUCGGCCUCCUCCCCGGUGGGUUCACCCCAUACGCCCGGUUUCGGUGACAUGGCCGCCCAUCUGCAUCACCACCAUCAGCAGCAGCAGCAGCAACAUCAGCAGCAACAGGUGACCCGUCAUCCGCACAUGUCGCUGCUCGGCUAUCCCAGCUACUUGCCCGAUCCUGCCGCCGCCCUGCCCUUCUUCAGCAUGAUGGGUGGCGUGGCUCCGCAUCAGUCGCAUCCCUUCCAGCUGCCCCCUCACCUCCUGUUCCCCCAGUACCAUGCCAGUGCCGCCGCAGCAGCUGCCUCGGCAGCGGAUGCUGCCUACCGCCAGGAGAUGUUCAAGCACCGCCAGAGCGUCGAUUCCGUGGAGUCGCAGAACCGCUUCAGUCCCGCCAGCCAACCACCGGUGGUGCAUAAUCAGCAGUCCUGCUCUUCAGCCCGCCAGUCGCCCAUCGAUGUUUGCCUGGAGGAUGUCAAGGAGGAUGUCAAGUCGGUCCAAAGCAGCCUCCUGCAUCCCAUCGCCAUCCGAGCCACGCCCACCAGCAGCCCCCUGAGUUUUGCGGAUAAGAUGCAGAGCCUUUCGCCCGUUUCUGUGUGCUCCAUUGGUGGCGAAACCAGCAGUGUGGCUCCUCCACUGGCGCCUCCAGUUGCACAGGAGGGACCCAUGGAUCUGAGCAUGAAGACGUCGCGCAGUUCGGUGCACAGCUUCAACGACAGCGGCUCCGAGGAUCAGGAUCAGCUGGAAGUGAUGGCUCCGCGCCGCAAGUUCUGCAAGCUGGAGGCCGAGUGCCUGAGUGCCACCAGCAGCAGCAGUUUCUCCCACUCCCACUCGCCGAACAGCACCACCCCCACCCACGCGGAGGUCAAGCGGCCGAAGCUGGAGGCCACCCACUUUGGGGGCUUCGCGGUGGCCCACAAUGCGGCCAGUGCCAUGAGGGGCAUUUUCGUGUGUGUCUAGGGUACACGGCGAAAAAAUGGGAGGAGUCGAGCCCCCCAAAAAAAACCCUCGUUGUUUUUUUUUGUUUGUUACUUGAAAGAAAAUGUAUGUAAAUUUUUUCGUGUGCUCGCUCACACUUUUGAGGCGGUGAAAGAGAUGGGGAGACAGACAGGUUUCGCUGGAAAGAGACAGCUUGACCGGGUAGUUGCAUUGCACUCGCACACUCACACCAACAACACCAACACCUACACGUACAUACUGAGCUCAGAUCCAAAAAUUAUUUUUAUAAAAACGUUAAAAUUGUACAUAUUUCUUUGAGCUUGUUUGCGAUUGUGUUUUAAAGUUAAACGAUCCUUAGAAAAUAGUUAUCAUUCCCACCCUCAAAACGCUAUUGUAUAUACACAAAUUGUUAAGUCUAAGAAUGAUCUUGAUUGUCUCUAAGUAUUUUAUUCUAUUUUAGUCCUAGUUACUGUACGUCUAUAGAUUGGCUUUUAGUUUUA